UAUUUUUGCAGCUAAAGAGGAAGUUGCGCAGCGGAGCUAGCCGUAUUCUUGAGCCGCCCUAAGCGUUGAAAAGCGGAAUAACAGGAACAAACGCUUAUAGUAUUAUCUAUUUACUGCAUGUAUAUUACGUGUCUGAUGUUUAACUUAAUCUUGCAUGUUGAAUAACUUUGACUUUACAGACUUUAAGGCCAACAGCCGCAGAAUAAAAGCCUGUUUGACAGCUAGCUAGCUAACGAGCUAACGAGCUAGCCAUCCGCUGCAGCGUUAACAUCCGGGUAACUUAGCUUCGAAGGCUAAUUGAGGCUGCACGUUUCUCCGCACAGGAGCUGGGGUUGUGCGGGUUUAUUGUGAACUAGGUCGACAGUAAACCAGCCUGCUGAGCUCGGGGGUUCGUGGAGGGUCGACCCGGGCAGAGCAGACCACGAUGAGCCUCCUCUGCGGUCCCGUUAGCCUGCAGCACCUGAGCUAACCUGAGCUAACCUAAGCUAACCUGAGCUAGCCGCAGAGCUCAUGUCUGAUUACUGUAAUUAAUCCAAGAGCACAUAAACUGAAGAAAGCAUCAACAUGGCUUCAGAGGAGGAGUCACUGCGUGCAUUGGAGAGCCUUAUGACUGAAUUCUUUCACAGCUGCACAACCAAUGAGCGAAAGAGAGAAAUAGAAGAGCUGCUGAAUAACUUUGCACAGCAGACUGGAGCGUGGCGCCACUGCUUGUUCUUUCUUUCCAACACUCGGAAUGAGUAUGUAAUGAUGUACAGCCUCACAGUAUUUGAAAACCUGGUGAACAAGAUGUGGAUUGGUGUUGCUUCACAAGACAAGAUGGAGAUUCGCAGCUGUCUGCCCAAACUCCUACUUGCUCAGCACAAAUCGGUGCCCUUUUUUAUCCGUAACAAACUCUGCAAAGUCAUUGUGGACAUUGGUCGCCAAGACUGGCCAAUGUUUUAUCAUGAUUUCUUUACAAACACCCUUCAGUUGAUCCAGUCUCCAGCUCUGGCUUCGUUGGGGUUGAUGAUGUUGAAAACCACAUCGGAGGAACUUGCGUGUCCUCGAGAAGACCUGAGUGUCGCCAGGAAAGAUGAGUUGCGUAAACUGCUGCUGGAGCAGGUACCGACAGUGCUUGGACUGUUGACGGGUAUUCUGGAGACAUAUUGGGACAAACACAGUGUCAUAGCUUCCACCCCUCCUCCCUCGCCCACCUCAGGGGAAAGUGUGGAAUUGCUGGGCAGUUUGUUUCAGGGCAGUCAGUACUCAAAGCUGCUUUGCCAGCCCAUGGCAGCAUUGGACAAUGAGAGUCAGCAGCUCUGUUGUCUCGUUUUGGAGUGUUUGGCUCACCUGUUCAGCUGGAUCCCUCUGUCCACAAGCAUCACACCCACCCUGCUGGCAUCCAUUUUUCAUUUUGCACGUUUUGGUUGUGAUCUUCGGACAAAGGCCAAGCCAGGGUCCUUCAUCUCCUCACACACCUCCUCUAAUGGUCAGCUUAAUCCUGGGACAAUGCCACCAGCAUCAAAUGGAGGAGGGCGAAACGGACAGCAGAGUGAGGGCAACAAGGUGGAUCGUGCCCGGCUUGGUGUUUACGCCAUGACCUGUGUCAACGAGCUUGUGUCAAAGAACUGUGUUCCAAUGGAUUUUGAAGAGUACCUGUUGCGCAUGUUCCAGCAGACCUUCUUCCUCCUGCAGAAGCUGACACGAGAGAAUAACGCUCAUACAGUCAAGACCCGCCUGCAAGAACUUGAUGAGAGUUACUUGGAAAAGUUCACAGAUUUUCUGCGCCUGUUUGUCAGUGUUCACUUGAGGCGAAUUGAGUCCAGUCCUCAGUUUCCAAUUGUAGAGUUUCUUGGCCUGCUUUUCAAGUACACCUUCAACCAGCCUACCCAUGAAGGCUACUUUGCCUGUUUGGAGAUAUGGAGUGUGUUUCUGGAUUUUCUUACAACCAAAAUCAAAAGCAGACUCGCUGACAGAGAAAGUGUUCUAAAUAGGUACAAAGAUGCCUUAGUUCUUCUGUUAAGGGAAGUACUGAAUCGCAUUCAGUUCAGAUACAAUCAGGCCCAGUUAGAAGAGCUGGAUGAUGAAACUCUGGAUGAUGACCAACAGACGGAGUGGCAAAGGUACCUGCGUCAGAGUCUGGAGGUGGUUGCCAAGGUGAUGGAGCUGCUCCCAUCCCAUGCAUUUUCUACUUUGUUUCCAGUCCUCCAAGAUAAUCUGGACGUAUACCUGGGUUUGCAGCAGUUUAUUGUCACCACUGGCACAAGUCGGAGGCUUAAUAUCACAGCAGAGAAUGAUUGCCGGCGACUUCAUUGUUCGCUCAGGGACCUCAGCUCUCUACUUCAAGCUGUCGGACGCUUGGCUGAGCAUUUCAUUGGAGAGGUUUUUGCUGCACGUUUCAAUGACGCCCUGGCAGUGGUGGAGAGGUUGGUCGAAGUGACGUGCUACGGCUCUCAGACCAGCCUUUAUGACCUGGAGACCGCUGUGCCUUCUGUGCUCAAGCCAGACCUCACUGAUGUACAUGCACAGGCCCUUGCCGCUUUGCAAGCCUACUCUCAUUGGCUUGCACAGUUCUACAGUGAGGUCCACACUCAAAACCAGAGCCAGUUCAUGAACCUCAUCACAUCUACAAUAGAUGCCAGUAGCCCUCUCAUCACAGCAAAGGUACCUGAAAAGUUGCUGCUCUCAGCAUGCCAUCUGAUGGUUUCCAUAACCUCUACAGUUCGGCCUGUGUUUCUGGUGUCUUUGCCAGCUGUUCGAAACAUAUUCAACCUCAUUACGACUGAAAAUCAGCCCCGCAGACUUCCCCAAGAGGCUCACAUGUUAGUGUGUAGGGCUUUGUCCAACAUGCUACUACUCCCGUGGCCAAAUUUACAAGAGAGUGAGCAGCAGUGGCAAACGCGCUCCAGCAACCAUGCCAGCUUGUUGGGAGCACUCACUCGAGAAUAUAAGGGAAUAAGAGGGACAGUGAACAAUACUCCACGGCAACCCGAUCUGGAUAACAUGAAAGCAGUGAUACAUCAGACCCUGCCUGUCCUUAGAGACAUCGUGGACAGCAUCUCUGGGGAAUCCACCAAAUCACGUCAGAUCUGUUACCAGAGUCUUCAGGAGUCUGUCCAAGUGUCCCUCAGCCUCUUCCCAGUCUUUAUUCAGCAGCCUGAUGUGACAGAUGAGAUGUUGGCCUUCUUCUUGACGCUGUUUCAGGCGUUGCGAGUCCAGAUGGGUGUUGCCUUCACAGGACAGAUUAUCCACACUUUCCUCAGCAUGUUCACAAGGGAACAGCUAGCAGCCAGUAUCCUGCAAGAGGGCAGUGCCGGAUGUAGAGUGGUCCAGAAGUUCCUGAAAAUCCUACAGGUGGUGGUGCAAGAGCCUGGUCAAGCUUUCAAGCCCUUCCUACCCAACAUCCUCUCCUUGUGCAUGGAGCAGGUUUACCCGGUUGUGGCAGAGCGGUCGUCCCCAGACAUCAAGGCAGAGCUGUUUGAGUUGCUAUACCAAAUACUUCACCAAAACUGGAGGUACUUUUUUAAAACGUCAGUCUUAACAAGUGUCCAAAGAGGAGCAGCGGAAGAUACCAUGGAAAAUGAGGCCCAGUUCACAGCUGCCAUGCAGGCUUUUGGACAGUCUUUCCUGCAGCCUGACAUCCACAUCUUCAAGCAGAAUAUUUGUUAUUUGGAGUCACUCAACAGCAAGCACAAGUUGUACCACAGAAAGCUUUUCCGGACCUCGAUGCUCUUCCACUUCAUCAACGUUCUGCUGCAAGUCCUUCUUCACAAAAGUCACGACCUUCUUCAGGAGGAAAUCACCCUUGCUAUUUACAACAUGGCCUCUGUAGACUUUGAUGCCUUCUACUCGGCCUUCAUGCCAGAGUUCCUCAAUGGCUGCCAGGGUGUGGACUCCAGCCAACGAGCUGUUCUAGCACGCAACUUCAAGCUUGAACGGGACUUGCCUUCGUUCACUCAAAGCGUGCAGCGACUGGUGAAUGACCUUCGCUACUACAGACUGUGUAAUAGUAGCCUGCCAACUGGCACCAUCAAACUAUAGCACAACGACUGCUUGAACCACUCCAUACAUCAACUAUGAUCUUCAAGGACUGCCUGUGCUGACCACUUUGCCCAACACUCCUUCUCCAAUCCUGCGUUGCUCCAUCUAUUCAAAGUAAUAGGAGAGAACAACACGCAUUGUAUUGUCGAGUAACUGGAUGUUGAGGAUGCUGCUGAUGUAUUUCUUUGAUCUCUACUGUAGAAGGUUGGGCGCAUCAUUUUAUUUUUCUUAAAGCAGCGCCCUCCUAAUGUGUUGUCAAUGAUAAUUUGGAAAGAAAUUAAACCUGGUCUGCAGUUGGCUUUUGCCCAGACCCGGAGCAGUCUGAGCCAGGCCUUCUUUCCCACGCGUCGGCCACAAAGCUGGGCUGGGACUGAGCACUUUCAACUCAUUUUGAGUUUUUAAAUGUCUGCUUUUAUUCAUUUUGCCUUCAAUUUUUUCAUCUCCAAAGGAGACGGAUUCUCAACUUAAGAUCUUUCAUAUCAUUCCAUUCUGAUAAAGAGAAAACUUGCUUGAUUAAUAAAGUGCUUUUUUUAGAAAAAUUCAGGUAUUGAUUAAUUCAUGUUUUUAUUGAUCUAUGUGCCCAACUUUUGCAGUUUUGUCACAGUAUUUCUUGAAAGAAUAAUGGUUUUAUAAAGAGAUUGAAGACCUUUCUGUAUGUUUACACUGUUUCGCUUUACACUUGUCAAUGGCUUCUUUUUUUAAAUCCCGUUUAAUUUAAAUGCAUCUACUUCAACUGCUGACUGAUUUUUUUUUUUUAAAUUCUGGAUUUUUUUAGAACGUGUGCACAAAUGAUCAAAUUAUUGGGUUGAGUCUUUACAGAGCUAAUGGAUAAUGCAAAGCAGAUUACAAUUUUAAGAAUUGCUAAAGCCUUUGACAGAUAUGAAGCAUCAACAAUAGGUUUGAUAUGUGGAAUCUGACACAUCACAUGUGACAAAUGCUACGUCUGAGCCGUAGUAUGCUAAAGAUAGGAAGCAUCAACACAGGAAGAACAAUAAACAAACAUC